AAUGACAGGUCGGUCCAAUCAUUGCAAAAGUGGAGAAUCAAAAUAGAAUCAAUCAACUCUUUAACACAUUCCGUCCUUCAUCAUGCAGAAUCUCUUGGUCUUUGUGAGUGUAUUGGUCGGUCUUUGCCACGGUCAAGAUCGGGACGUUGUUUCAGAGGCCGAAUUAUCUGGGUGCCCUUGCAUCGCUCUCUAUCAGCCCGUUUGCGGUGAAAAUGGCCAGAGUUACUCAAACUCCUGUGUGGCCGAAUGCAACGACGUGACUGUCCAAUGUGAAGGCAAAUGCCCCUGCGCAGAGGAUCCUGUAAUUGACUUUCCAGGUCCAAUUGAAGAGCCACAACCUUGUCCUAAGCUUCUCAAACCUGUUUGCACUGAAAAUGACAACACUUUCGAUAAUGAAUGUGAAGCCGAGCGAUCUGGGGAGGAAAUCCUUUGCGAGGGCAAAUGCCCGUGUACCAAUGGCUGCCCCUUUUGUUGCAUCAAUAAUAGUCCCAAAUGUAAAUUGGUCAGGGUUGCUUGCAAUGGAUGCCCCAACACCUAAUUUCAAUACAAAUCUUAUCGAUGACUUCUCCAAUAUAUUAUGGUACCUGAAGUUUUUUAAAUGAACAUUACAGCUUCCUUACUGUCUUGUUUGCUUGUGGUAUGAUUUUGAAUAAAAAAAUGAUGAGGUCGUCUUCUUAAAUGUGAAGAAAGCAAGAAUAUUGUAUCUAUGCAUCUUACAUGAAGAAGAAUGGUAAAUUGUCAGUGUCCUUGAUUCCAGCACGCUUGAAUAGUGAAAUAUAUGAGUUUUGUACAUUUCUAA